AGAGCAUCAGAGAUGAGAACCAGCCACCAGCUCAGAGGUGACAAUAGGGCUCCUGUGUGCUGCGGCGGUUGGAGAAGGCGUGGACUCAGGCAAAUGAAGCGGAGCACUCACAGAUAUAGAGGCGUGCGGGUGGUCUGGGUGCUGCUUCCACUUCAGUGCUCGUCGGAAUGGAGGGCAGCCUAAGGCAGCUCAGCCUGGGCAAGGGGCCCGAGGGGGCCGGGGACAGCCAGGCCCUGGCUGAGCUGCAGGAGCUGGCCCUGCGGUGGUUCAUGGAGACGCAGGCCCCCCUCAUUCUGCAGAACGGAGCCCUGCCCCCCUGGUUUCAUGGAUUCGUCACCCGCAAGCAGACAGAACAGUUGCUCAGGGACAAAGCUCUUGGCUCCUUCCUCAUCCGCCUCAGUGACCGGGCCACCGGCUACAUCUUGUCCUACAGGGGCAGUGACCGCUGCCGGCAUUUCGUCAUCAACCAGCUCCGAAACCGGCGCUAUCUCAUCUCUGGGGACACCCAAAGCCACGGCACCCUGGCCGAACUCGUGCGCCAUUAUCAGGAGGCACAGUUUGAGCCCUUCGGGGAGACCCUGGCUGCUGCCUGUCCCCGGCCAGAGGACAAUGAUCUGUACGAUGCCAUCACCCUGGGCCUCCAUCAGACUACUCAGAGCCUGGAAAACCCACCUGCUACACUGCCUUCCAUGGAGGUUCCAGACAAGGCCACCAGCCCCCGCCUGUCUCCAAAGCCCCAGGUCUCCUUCCUCCACAAAAAGAGCCUGGAUGCAAGUUCCUGGAACCUCUCUGAGGAAGAAAGCAUGGAGGCCCCCGUCAGGGUGCCUCCCCUCCCGGAGAGGAGUGCCUCCCUUCUGGAUGAGUCUUUUGGAGGCCCCGAUGACAUCGUCUAUGCAGACCUGAGGAAGAGGAACCAGGCACUGCUAGGCCUGGGCGCAGAUGUGUCCAGUAGCCAGGCCUGCUCCCUAGGCAAGGAGGCCCUGCGGGGACUCUCAGACGGAAGCCAGAACAAACCUGACAGCCCGGGACCUGCCCUCUCUGGAGUGAGCCCAGACCAGGGCCCUAGAGUGUCUCCCACAUCUUGGGGCCUCCUCCUGCCCCCCAGUUCUGAGGCCCUAGGAUCCUCAGCUGCUACCUGGAGCCAGGGGUCUCCAAAACUGAGUCGCGGGGCUCAGCCCUGCUCCCAGGGUGCUUCUGCAGACAGCUAUGAGCUCAUCCGGAUAGCAGGCCUCCCAGAGGAGGCCAGGGAUGUGCUGGACCAAGAAGGCGGCAGUACCUAUGAGCAGAUCGCAGCCUGCUGGGAUGGCCUGCCCAGGCCCCUCUAUCCUGGGGCCAGCCCCACAUACAGCAAGAUUUCAGGGCCCAUGGACUGUGGCUACGAGAGGAUCUCAGGGGCCCCGGAGCUGCCGGAGCCCAGAAACACCUAUAAACAAAUCCCAGCAGUCAAGAGCAAGGAGGCCAACCGGACACAUAAGCCCGACAAGCUCCGGAGGCUCUUCUUCACGGACAAGAAACACAAAUCCUGAGGAGGCCUGGCUGCCAGCAGCCCACCAGGGGGUUUCCCAGUACCCGGGCUAUGCUGGAGGUUACUGGGAAGCCCUCAGCUCCCCUGAAGGCACCCCGUGGACCCUCAGACCCAACCAGCCUGCUCAGGAACCAGCUGAGAGACACAACCCAGGUGCCCACUGGAGACAGGGUGGGAGGGGACCCUCCUGGUGCCUGCAGCUCAGGGCUGUGUCCUGCUUCCCCACUGCCUCCCACCCAGCCAGAGGAAAUCAAGGCCCGAGAGGAGUGGGGGCCGGCCAAGGGCAGGGGUCAGCACCCCACUUCCAAGAUGAGCUUCCUGGGGCCCGGGCUUUUGGACUGAGCCAGCCUCCCACCACUGAACACUUACUCAGCUUGGGGCGGGCCCUGUGCCACACGUAGCAUUUUCCUAACAGGCUGUGUGACUUCACACAGUUUCUCUUAAGACCAAAACCAGUCCCCCUCCUCCUGGCGCAGCAGAAAGGAGGGGAGGUCCCAGGGCCACAUCCCUGCUCCUGGGAUGUGGGACAAGAAACCAGGGAAGCGGCAGCAAAGCCCCAGCCUCAGAGGCAAUGGUUCUGACCCUGGAGCAGUUGGGCUCCCAGGGAUCACCCCCUGGGCCCCUGUCUUCCAUCGUAGCCUCAUUGUGCAAGCUUGGCAGACCCGAUUCCAACCCCCCUUUGGUGCACACGGGGGGAACUGAGGUCCAGAGAGGUGCAGCAACCUGCUUAAGGUUGCCCAGUCGGUCAGAACCUGGGUAGACACCCCUUCCAAGGCGGGCCCAAGUCUGGUUGCCUGUGUGGAAUCAGCCUGGAUGCACUGCUGGGCAGUUUCUGGAGCCAACCAAUGGGUGUUUGCUGGCCAUCCCUAUAUGACCAGGUCACCCUUAUUGGCCCUCUGUCUCCAGCCAGUCUUGGUCUUCAGGGGUGGCUCUCAGACACCUCCCAUGGGACCCAGGCCCCACCUGGUGGCCCUGCCCUCCAAGGAGUCCUUAGGCCUUGCCAAGGCACCAGUCUGCAAGCAGGGCCCUCAGGCUUCUCACUGCAGCCAUUCCCUCAGGGCAGCCUGGCUCUUCCUGGGUCCCCUUCCCUCAGCAUCCUUCCUAUUCUGUCCCACUUUCCUUCUUACCCACAUGUCCCCAUCUCUGACGGUGAGCAAUUGGCCUGCUGCCCCCCACCCCCGCCCCGCCCCCACUUCCCCCAGGCAACUCACCAUGCACAGAUAGAACAUGCAGCCUCCCUCCCCACCCCUUCUGGGCAGGUGGCUCUGUUCCCAUUUGUGGGGAAAUCCUACCCGAGACGGCCUCUGGGCUAAUAGCCUCCCCAUCUCAAGGGGGGGCGGUGUAGGGAUCGGGAGUGGAGCAGAAGUCUGCUUGAGGUUGUACAGUCACUCACCCUCCUAAGGCAAGCCCAAGCCUGGCUGGUGCCUGGGGUCAGCCUGGGCAUGGCUGGGCAGUUUCUGGAGCCAGCCAGUGGGCGCUUGCUGGCCACCCCUGUGGGACCAGGUCACCCUGGGUCCAGCCCUUUGCCUAGCACAUGGUUCAUGCUCCAUAAACGCCCACUGGAACGACCAUCACUAGGAGGCAAACGGAAGCAAUUUUCGCACCCGCUUUUUGUGGGGCUCACUUGAAGAUUUCGGGCACAGCUGUGUCUUCCUCUCAGACACAAGCCCUGAAAUAAAAGUUGGUGCCUAAAGUGGGAAGGCAAAGCUUAAUCCAGAGAGGGGACGCGUUCACGGUGGGAUUUCCAACAAAGGGACCAAUGAACACUUCCUAGCCUUGGCCAACACAGAGAACAAGGGGAUGUGAAAGUGUUUUACUACCAGGAAUUCACAAAUCGGUGGACAGCACACACCAGUGAGGAUCCCACGCCAUUGGGGAGGCGGAUGGGGUGGUGCUUGGGACCUGGACAGGGACGGGGACAGGGACAGAGCCCUUGGACUGACCAUUCACAUUGGGAAGGGGCGGGGGAAGAGGCAGGCGGGGCUGGGGCGCAGCCCGGCUGUGGGCUUUGGAGAAAGAUUGCAUAGCUCUUUCAAGUCUUGUCCUCUCCAUUUUUUCCCCUUCACUUUUCCCUGGGCAGCCGGGGUGCCUGCCCAGCGCUCGGACGCGUCAAUAGCCCUGGCCUGGUAGGUGUUCUGCCUUCUCCUCUCAGUGGGGCUGUUUCUGAUCGGGAGGGGACCAGGGUGUGAGGAAGGUCGGGGGA